AUGAGUAGGUCACUGCCCGUCCCAAAGACAGACCCGAUUGACGCCGAGGCAGGCUCGGCUUGCGUCGAAGCUGAGGAAGGCACGGCCGUCACCCCCAAGCCGUUCGACAACAAGGUCAUCCGGAUGGGCUUCAUCAGGAAGGUGUACGCCAUGCUGUCUCUGCAAUUGAUCGUAACGACGGUCAUCAUUGCUAUCUUCUUACUCAUCCCACAACUCACCGAGUUUGCCAAGUCGCCAAACGGGAGUAUUCUGAUUGCACUAACUAGGCGCUACGAACGAGACGAAGUGAUGGUGGCCGCAGCGAUAACGACGAUUGACUUCACCAUUUUCACGGGCCUGGCGCUUAUAGCGCUGUUACUGCUGCUCAUCUUCGGAAUCGUAGCCCUUAUCUUCCCUUCGAGGUACAUCGUGAUCAAUACGCAACAGAUCGUUGGCGGCCGCAACAGGAAGUACACACUGUCACCGGAGGACUACAUCGCGGCUGUCCUCGGUCUGUACAUGGACGCCAUCAACCUGUUCUUGUUCAUCCUGCGGCUAUACCGCGGGAGCAGAAACUAG